AUGUCUAAUAAUCUAGCUUCAGAUUCACUUUUACUGGGCAAAACAUUAUUCGAGAAAGGAUACAGCUGCUUAUUCACCCUAGACAAUGCCAUGCAGGUCAUGGAAAAUGUGAGCAUACAGGAAGAUUCUGUUUCAAAAGCUCUCGCCUUGAUCAUUCGCACCCAUUCUAUGCCUCAACUAGCAACAAAAGAAGCACAGACCUGGAACAUGGAAAACUUUGUAGCAGCUGCAUUGAAAAAGAAUCCCAACUUGAACUGGACUGUAGUUUUAGCAAAACUGGACCAAGCAGAAUUCAUGGUGUUUGAUCCCAUUGGCUUUAAAUUACUUGUAUUAUCUUGGAGAUGUCAUAAACGGGAUGAACCAUUCCCUGUUUCAGUCUUCUUUCAGCCUUGGGCCAAUGUCAGAGCCCAGCUCAGCGCGCUAUAUCACAUGGUAUAUGCGCCAACCGAUCUAUUGGACUUGAACAAGACAGUAACAAAGAAAGUCAUUCCCGAAGAUUUGAUUACAGCACUACCCGUCAGUAUGCGCCAAGCUGCCUCUCAGCUCGCUAUACAGCAAUUAAACUGUUUAGACUUGCUUGACGCGAUCAUGAGCUUAGUUGGUACAGCAGCUACGGAUGAUAUAAAGGUCUUGAUGGAUAGAUUGGCCAUUCAAGCUCCAGAGUUACUCAUGAUUGGCUUAGCUCAGAUUCAGCCCAUUAAAAACGAAUUACAUCGCGCACUCUUUCCUAAGCUACUCAACAUAUUCUUAAUUGGUCACGUUAACUCUCCUUUUGUUAUCAGAUGUCUUUGGCAUGUUCAACCCAAUUUAUUACUAGAAGGCUUUUUCGAAAUGUACAAAAAGGAUCCUACCCUAAUUUCACGCAUAUUUGAUAUCUCACAGGAAGCAAAGAUUGUUGUUAAUGUCUUGAAAGCCGAUUUACCGUUCUUUACACUUGAUUUGGCCUCUCUGGCUGCUCGUAGACAAAAUUUGAACUUGGAGAAGUGGCUGACGGAUAGGCUAAGUAAAGAAGGAUUCCCCUUUUAUGGAGCAUGCAUCGAUUUUCUGGAAAAGAAAUGUGCUAUCGAAAUGGCUCGUCAAUCAAGAGCUAACGUCAUUCCUACCCUUCAGCUAUCUGUUGAAGUGAUUCGUAUAUUCUUUAAAGUUUUAACGGAAAGACCAUUGCCGCCUGCUGAAACGGCCAAACUUUCCAAACUGAGUCAAUUGUAUGCUCAACUAUAUCCUCAGCUGAAUGACAAUCGUGUUCCUAUGGAGAAGAAACCAAAUGGAGGAGAAGCAGGCGAAGGCGAAAGAAAUUAUCCGGAUGAGGUAGAGGAAAUGGUCCGAUUAUACUUUGAAAGACUUUACACCAAGGAUAUCACUGCAGCUCGGUUUGCUUCCGUCUUGAAGGCCUGUCGUUCUUCAAACGACCCAAGACAAGCAAGCUUUUUUGCCUGCGCAACACACACUUUGUUGGAUGAAUCUCGUUUCUUUAGCCAAUAUCCAGAAAGCGAGUUAUUAGCUACAGGCGAAUUACUUGGCAUGCUGAUAGAACUUCAUUUGAUAUCGUACUCUCAUUUACGGGGUACAUUAAAGCUUAUCCUUGACGCGCUGAAGCAUCCAAUUGGCUCAAAGAUGUUCAACUUCGGCGUCCAAGCCUUGACACAAUUUAGAAACAGGUUAAGCGAAUGGCCUCAGUACACCUUGCUCCUUUCUAAAAUUGAAGGCUUGAGAAACUAUCCGGUUAUUGUGGAGGCGAUUGCAACAACACUGAAACAGCUUGCUCAAAAGGAUCCUGAAGGAAAGAUGGCAGCUUCUGAAACUGGUGGAGAGGCCAAUGAGAGAACCUCCGAGACAUCUGCCGCGAAUACGACCUUGCUACAAAGCUCUACAAGGCAAGCAUACGAAAUCCCUCCUGAAAAGACCCAGGAGAGAGUAUCUUUCCUCAUCAACAACCUUUCUGUUGGUAACCUGAAGAGCAAGUCAAGUGAGCUGAAAGAUUUGCUCCAACCACCAAACUAUGGGUGGUUCAGCCACUAUUUGGUGGUACGUCGUGUUAGCAUUGAGCCGAAUAACCAUGAGCUGUACUCUUCGCUCCUAGACGAGCUUGAUCUCCAAGGCUUGAAUGAUGCAAUCAUUGAAGAAACUUAUGCGAAUAUCAAUGUACUUCUUCAGUCGGACAAUAUUGUGAAUUCAUCUUCUGACAAGAAUCUCUUGAAGAAUCUGGGAACUUGGCUUGGUCGACUCACCAUUGCUAAGAACAAACCAAUUCGAUACAAAGACCUUUCCUUUAAGGAUUUGCUCAUUUCUGCCUACGAAAAGAACAGAUUGACGGUGGUCAUCCCCUUGGUUUGCAAAGUAUUACAACACGCUGCAGCAAGUAAGAUCUUCAAGCCACCUAACCCAUGGUUGAUGAGUACUUUGAAGCUUCUUGCUGAGCUUUAUUGGACAGAAGGCUUGAAAUUGACCAUGAAGUUUGAAAUUGAAUUGCUUUAUAAGGCCUUGGAGCUUGAUCUGAAUGAGAUCGAGCCUUCUUCUGUCCUGGAGAAAUAUUCGCCUCAAGCCAGCCAAGUAGCCGCUGAACCUUCUGCCGUUGCUGCCCCUACUCCCUCUGCUUCCACCUUGUCUGCUGCGUUGCCUGUGCCAAGGACGUCUUCAGUUGAUCCUAAUGAACAUCAGGCAUCAAGCACGGCCGUAAACAAUAGCGAAGCCACGCAGAACCCAAGGCUAGACGUCGAUGUUACUCCCAUUCUGGCCAAACUGCAAGUGAACCCAGCUGUAGCUCAGUUAAUGAUGCAGCAUCCUGUAAUCAAGUCAAUCAUUUAUGCUGGUAUUUCCGAAGCAUUUACUGAAGUAGUACCAUCCAUUAUUACGACGUCUGCCAACAUCGCUGCUCUUACGACUAAAGAAAUGAUACUAAAGGAUUUUGCUACCGAGCCUGAUGAAUCGUGUGUGCAAAGAGCAGCUCAUGCAAUGGUCCAACCUCUUGCAAGUAACCUAGCAGUUGUUACAUGCAAAGAACCUUUGUGCAAUGGUAUUACCAGCAUCUUACGCUUCAAUUUGACGAAGCAAGGGUUGCCCGAGCAGCUUGCCGAUGAAAUUGCAAAUACAAUUGCCAACGAAAAUAUUGAACUGAUGUGCGUCUAUAUCGAGCAGCUUACACAAGCCAAGGCUCUUGAAAACGUGGAUCGUCAACUGACGCCCGCUUACGCUAAUCGAGCCACUUUCAAGAAGCAAGUGAAUCGAUCUCAAUUCUUUGACGUGCUCAGUCUAACCGUUGCUCCUCAUUCUGUACAAAUGCCUGACCUCCUUCGACCCACACAUGGUAUAACGCCCGAACAUCUGCGUCUGUAUGAGAACUUUGGACAAGGAUCGUACAUGGCUGUUCAACAGCAACAGCAGCGUCCUUUGCAGCCUCAACCUCCCCAACCUAUAUCACCACUUCAUUUUCACCCUGAAGCACAGCAGCAACCACCAUUACCACAAACACCACAGCAGUUCAUUGCUCCGGAUUCUCCUAUGGCUGCUAAUGGUGCUCGAUUACUGACUGCCAAGUUAGAACAAAUGCUUCUCGAACUUGAUAGACUGAUCCGACAAUGCGGUAUUUCCGAUAUCGCUCAACUACCUCCUAACCAUGAUAUUUGCUUGUUGAUCCGCCAAAUUCCUCUCCUUGCCUCACAAAGCACAACCCCCCGACGAACAAUGAUUACAUUUGUUGAAAAGGUUGUUUUUAUGUUCUACCAAAGUAGCACCUCGUUUGCCUUGGAGAUAUACACCAUGUUCUUGCAAUCUCUGUUUGAAGUAUCUGGUGAAGUGACUAAAGAAACCCUCUCUUGGCUGAUCUAUGCUGAUGACGAACGCAAAUACAACCCGCCUGCCAUUGCCAUGCUAAUUCGAUACGAAUUGCUUCCAUUAGAAGAAUACGAUGUGCAAUUAGCCAAGUUGAUCAAUGCCAAGGCCGAUAGUGUCAUCGAAUUUGCUGCAGGACUCAUGCGUCUCUGUCUUUUGUCGCCCAAUCCAACCUCGUGUCUUGAAGACCACAUCCUGACUGUUUCUUCUUUAGUGAACUUGGCAAAGAACGAUGAAGCACCUGCUAGUGUGACCGCUCUGAUAGACGACCUUCGAAAGGCUAUGGAAGCUCCUUACAGUGAUAUCAAGCAUGAUAGGCUAGAUUGUUUAGAGUUACGCAUGUUAUUCGCUGAGUGGGCUAGGUUAUGUCAACAUCCUAUGGCUGUCAAGGACAUUCGUAAUACAAUUAUUGAAGCUAUCAUGGGACGUAUCAAUGACGAAGAAGAAGAUGCGUGCUUCAUUUUUAGGCUUUACACUGAAGCCUGUGUAAACCAAUACCUCACUUCCAGGAUUACUACAACCAUACAUCAUCGUCGUAUGAUUCAUCUGAUUGACUCGUACACCAAGCUAGUAUCUGCGAUGAUAGCCGAAAGCGUAUCUUUUGACAAACUAAAGCUCCUCAACCACGCUCUCUCUGUUAUCAUCUUGAUCCUUUCACACCAUCACCAGAGCAAGGGUAUCCAUUUCAACCAGAAGCCAUUCCUCCGACUGCUUUUUUCGCUAUUCCAUGAAGUAAACAAGAUUAACCUUAAAGAAGUUGACCGUAGCGUAGUGAUUAUAUUUAGUGAUGCACUUUACACGUUACAACCUUCCAAUUUCCCUGGCUUUGCCUUCUCGUGGCUCCAACUAAUCGCAUCACGUACGUUCUUGCCUCAACUUCUUGUUGGUAAUGAUAAAGUUGGUUGGAAACUUUGUCAAAAGUUGGUCGAGGCACUCCUCAAAUUCCUGGGCCCAUUGUUGGACAGCAAAGAACUUUCGCGUGGAACCCGAAUAUUUUACCGCGGUACUCUUCGUGCACUAGUGAUCUUAUUGCAUGAUUUUCCUGAAUUUGUGUGUCACAACUAUCUCUUGUUUGCCCAGACGAUUCCUUACUCAUGUGUCCAACUUCGUAACCUGAUCUUAAGUGCCUUCCCUCGAACGAUGCACCUUCCUGAUCCAUUUACACCUGACCUCAAGCUCAGUCUUCUUCACGAGUGUACUGAAGAUCCUACGUAUGAUGACAGCUACAGUCACCGUCUGUUGAGCAGCGACUUUAGAGCCAAGAUUGACGAGUUCAUUCAAGACAAAGGGCAAUAUUCUGGAUUUUACAAGGUGUUGGAAAAUGAAAUUGAGCUCGAAGACAAGCUGUGCCGUUCUGAUGUGCUAAGCAUGUUUGUUAUUUACAUUGGUGCCAAAGUUGCAAGUCUUAAAUUGAAGACUGAAGAAAAUCCUGCUAUAUUUGCUUAUGAGCAUUUAUUGUCCAAGUUAGGGUCAGCUGGUCGAUACACUGUCUUGAAUGCAAUUUCGGAUAAUUUGCGUUACCCAAAUAGUCAUACACUUUUCUUUAGCUCAUCGUUGCUUUAUUUAUUUACGAAACAAUCUGAAGCUGUGAAGGAACAGAUCACAAGGGUGUUAUUGGAAAGAUUGAUUGUGAAUAGACCACACCCAUGGGGAUUACUGGCUACAUUUAUUGAAUUGAUCAAGAACCCUAAUUUCUGGAAACAUGACUUUAUUCGCUGCUCACCUGAUAUUGAAAGAUUAUUUGAUAACGUUUCAAGAUCAAUCAAACAAACUGUGGUUGCUACUAAUUAA